CUUCUACAUAUAUUCUUUUGUCUUUUAAAAUGUAUUAAGCUUGAGAAUGAUCGCCUGUCAGUCAUUGAGAGAGACAAUCGAUUACUUGUGGAGAAGAUGUCUUACAUCAUGAGGACUACAGGAAGAAUAGACAACAAAAACGAUUAUGAGGCUAAAAGUCUGAACAGAAGAAAACGAGAGCAAGAAUUAUUGAGAAUGACCAAAGAGAAUCAUGCAAUUCUGGGAAGGAUUACAAACUGCAAGCCUCAAUAUAAGGUCCAGAAGUGGGAUGAAGACUGGCAAAAGGCUGUAGAGUACAUGAACAGUAUUGCAAGAUACCCUCGUGGAUUCUGCAGUUUGCAGAAUCAAAAGAAACAAAAGUACACCAAAAGAACACCGAAACGAGACAAACAGAAAACCAACCAUCUGAAAGAUGUGUGUCUGACAGACAAACCAGAAAAAGGAAAGGAAAGGAAAGGCACAACUAAUGAACAUCAAAGUGAAAAUCAAGGGGGAAAGGUGUCAAAAUGA